CUGCCAUUUUUGAAUACACGUGCGACUUGUUAACCAGUUUACUUUUAUUUAAUGCUUUUUAAUUGGUAAAAUACUGAAUAAUAACAUGCCGGCAGCAGUGUCCAAAGGCGUGCAAUUUAGCGGCCCGUCGCAGAACAAGAAAAUCGUAUUCGACGAUUCCGGCGAGGCAGUAACGAAACCAAACAAAAGUGGGCAACCGCACAAACCGAGGAAUCACCAGUCCCAAUCCAAGGAACAGGUGAAGCGGCCCCAGAAAAUCAAGUUUGGCGAGGAUGGAGAAGCUGUGAGCCAGAAAUCCUUCAACAAAAAUCACCAAAAGGCCGAUAACCAUAAAAAACCCCAAAGGGUCAAGUUUGGCGAGAAUGGAGAGGCUGUAUCCCACAAAUCCUUCAACAAAAAUCAACAGAAUGGCCAAAAACCGCAGAAGAUAAAGUUUGGUGACGAUGGCAAGGCUGUAGCUCAAAAGUCCUUUAAUAAAAAUCACCAAAAGCCACAAAAAACAAAUUUUGGCGAAAAUGGAGAAGAUGCAUCUCAGAAGAACUUCAGCAAAGGCCACAAAAAGCCUGACCAGGUCAAGAAGUCACAGAAAAUUAAAUUUGGUGAUGAUGGCGAAACCACAGAAAGUGCCAAGAAGCCACAACGCAUCAAGUUCGAUGAGGACGGUGAUGGGAAAAACGUCUCCGACAGCGACGACAGUGACGAGGAUGUGGGACAAUCCUUUGCCAAAAAGCACAGCAAAUACCAGUCCAAAGUGGAUGAGGAAGAGGAGGCUCAAAAGAAGUGGUACCAUGUGCAUCCGGAUUAUCCCUCAACGGAUGAGGUCCUGGACAUGAAGGAGAAUGAGCAGCUGGAGCUGUAUAAUCUCUGCAAGAAUUCCUUUGAUGCCGAAAAGAAUACUUUCAAUAAGCGUAAUCCCACCGAUGCCCGUUGGUUGCAGACCGCUCUGCACAAGGGUACGGCCAAGGAUCGGGCUAAUGCCGGCGCCUUGCUGGUCACGAGCAAUCCUCUGGGCAACCUGGAAGCGCUAACCACUCUCAUCGGCUUCUGCAAGCUAUCCAACAAGGCCAGCAACGAUGUGAUCGCUGUGCUCACGGAUUUGUGGCAGGAAGUGCUGCUGCCGCCGAAUAGGAAGCUCCUGGCCGUGCAUACCCGUGGCGCCGACUGGAAAAAACUGAAAAAGGACGACAAGCUGCGGAAUGAGCAAAAGCGAAGGGUCUACGCCUAUUGGUACUUCGAGGGAGAGCUAAAGGAUCAAUACCAUGAGUUCUUGAAGAAUGUUAUGCAGGGCCUGCAGACGGGCCAAGAGCACAACAAGAACUCGUCCAUUGUGGCUGCAUCAAAGCUGCUGGCCUACGCGCCGGAGAAGGAGCAGCUGCUGCUGACCAUGUUGGUGAACAAGCUGGGUGAUCCUAUCGCCAAGGUGGCCUCCAAGGCCCUGCAUCACCUCAGCGAGGUGGCUCAGCGGCAUCCCAAUAUGUGCGGCGUUAUAGUUGCGGAGGCGGAGAAGCUGCUCUUCCGAAACAACAUAUCUGAGAAGGCGCAGCACUUUGCCCUGUGCUUCCUCUCCAGCAUCGCACCCUCGGGCCGGCCCGAGGUCUGUACCAAGCUGGUCAACAUCUGCUUUGCCCUGUUCAAGGUGCUGGUCCAGAAGGGUGCCGUUAACAAUCGCACCAUGCAAGCCAUUCUGCGGUGCCUGCAAAAGGCCAUUGUGGAGGCUCAGCCGGCAAAGGACAGCAACGGUGAGCUGCUCAACAAGGAGAUGCAGGACACUAUCUACCGACUGGUCCACUUGGCCGACAUCCGAGUGAGUGUUCAAACGCUGGGCCUAUUGCUGCAACUGGUGACGGUCAAGACUGAGAAAUCGGAUCGGUUUUACAAUGCACUGUAUGUGAAGCUGCACGACCUAAACCUCAUAAAUGUGGGCAGCAAAACGGCGGCCCACUUGCUCCACAUCGUCCACCGUGCCAUCCAUAUCGACAACCUCGUGGCGCGAGCUCAGGCCUUUGUGAAGCGCCUGCUUCAGUUGACACUCUACGCUCCGCCUCACAUAGCCGCCGGCUGUCUGAUUGUUAUUCACAAGCUGCUGCGCAUGCGCAAAGAGCUGGUCGGCGGCAGUGGAGCAUCCGAUGAGGUGGCUGCUAGUUCAAAAUCCAUCUUGCCUGAGGAUAUGGAUCUGGAUAAGUUUAGCAGUGAUGAGGAGGAGUUUUAUAUAGAUGUCAAAGAAAAAGCAGUAGAUGAAGAAGCUCCUGAGUCGAAGGAAGAGAUAAAAACAGAGAAAGCGGAAGAUAAUAAGUCCUCGUGGCACCAUGCCAAUCUGGCUACUGACAACUUACCGGAGACCAAGGUGCGGGAGAUCGAUUCCUGCAAGUACGAUCCGUACCAUCGUGUGCCUGCCUUUGCCGGAGCUGGUUAUGCUCUGCGCCACGAGCUUUUGCUGCUGAGACAGCAUUAUCAUCCCACCGUGCAGGUCUUUGCCGAUCAGAUCCUAAACCAGUCCCGCAUUGAUUAUUAUGGAGACCCGCUAAGGGACUUUGGUUUACCGCACUUCCUCGAGCGCUUCGCCUUUAAGAAUCCAAAGAAACUGGACGCCAGCCAACAGACUGCGGAAAGUACCACUGUGGCCCACAAGCGCUACAUGGCACAUGGGGCACGGGGUAAGUCUGUGCGAUCGCUGACCAAAGCCAAUUGCACUGAGGACGAGAUGUUCAUCUUCAACUUCCUGGAGCACAAGCGUCGACAGGCUGAGAUUGUGGCGCAAAACAAGAAGCAACUGGGCGUGAAGAAGGAGGAGCCAGCGGAAGGAGAUCAGGAGGAUGGCGAGGCUGGUGAGGAAUACCUGAAGGAGGGCGAGGUGGACGACGACGAAUUCGAGGCCUAUUUGGAUGGUUACUUCGGCAAGAAGUUCAAGGAGGGCGCCGAUGCGGAUGAGCAGGAGGACGAGGAGCUCAACUUCCUCGAAGAGCUGGGUGGAGAGAUUCAAGCAGAUAAGUCUAAGAAGGACAAGAAAAAGAAGAAACAGAUGGCGGACAAGGAUGAGGAUGAUAUGGAGGACAUAGACGAGGACUGGGGAGAUGAUGAUUUAGGGGAGGAGGACGAUGAAGACGUCGACGAUGGCGAAGAUCAGUCUGAUGAUGAAACGGGCUCCAUAGAUCUAGAGCCACUGGAUGACGAUGAUGAUCCUGAUGACACUGGUUCCAUUUCCGAUGGCGACUCUAGUGAAGCACCCGAAAGUCCUGACGAUGACGAUGACGACGACGACGAUGAUGAUGCGCCACCCAGGUCAAAGAAAUCCCGCAAGGACUCGACCGGCAUGUUCAAUGGCCGCAGCUUUGCCAAGACACUGAAACAGAGUCACGACAUGUCCUCGCUGUUUGCCGCCGCCGAUGACUUCUCCUCCAUGCUGGAGGAAACUUCCAAGGAGAAGGGCCAAGGCACCAGCAAUGCCGUCUUCAACAGGGACAAAUCCUCCGCCAAGCAAUUGAAGUGGGAGGAGAACCGACGAUCGAAUGCGAAAACCUACAAGGGCAAGAAGCCCUCAAGCAAAGGCAGCAAGAAGCCACUACAGAAGGCGGGCAAGCGAAAACACUAGACCAGGAUUAGAUUUGAUUGUACAGGAGAGUAUAAUAAAUAUAUAUAUAACAAAAUCAA